GCUAUAAAAGCUGCAACAUCAAAGGAUCCAUCGUAGUUUAUCUCUGGUUUCCAUGUACAACAGACUUCAGAAUGUGGAAACUUCGAGUAUUGGGUCUACUGGUGCUGGGAUGCUGUGGCGUCGUCUUUGUUUCCGGUGAAUCAGUUCAAACGGAAGGUGCAACUGCUGCGAAUGAUGGCGAUAUGGUAACACUGUCCACCGAACUCAAGCCCCCGCCACUUCCGGCUGCGGGUGAACACCGCGGAAUUGCUUACCUCGUCAAUCUCUUCGCUGUCAGAAACAAAACUACUGACACCUCCGAGGAAAAUGGUGAAAAUACCCUGGUCGAUAACAGCCCGGAAAUCAUCGGACCCUUAGCUUCUGUACUUCUUGUUGUUGACGAAGAAGAUGAUGAAAAAUUCACUUCAGAAGACCUAACCGGGAAUUUGGGAGGCGACUAUGCUACGGUUAAAAGUUCCAAUUCAAACGAAGCGCCGAAGGGGACCGAAGUCCGCGAUGUCGUAGGAGAUAAACCCAAAAAGACGAAGAAGAUCCGUAGCAAGAGAACACUAUACAAAAAAUACGGCGGAUAUGGUGGCUACCCUAGCGGAGGUGGUGGCGGAUAUGGUGGCUACCCUAGCGGCGGUGGUGGCGGAUAUGGUGGCUACCCCACUGGUUCUUAUGGUGGAGGGGGUGGAUAUGGUGCUGUUGGAAUCCCCGUAUUUGUUGUGCCUAUCAGCGUGUAUGGCGGCGGCGGCGGCGGAGGUCGGGGCAAGGGACACCACGGAGGUGGGGGCGGAGGUGGAAACUAUGGAGGUGGUGGAUAUUACCCAGUAGGAGGCGGAAGGGGUGGUGGCUCUCAAUCCUCGGCACAAGCUUCAGCUCAGUCGUCUAGCUGGUCGUAUUAGCCGAAAGGCAAAUUCGAGUUCACCGUGCCUUUGUGCGUGACGGAGAAUUACCGCUUCAAGUCGAGACAGGAAGUGCAGAAAUAACGAUGAACACGAUUGAUCGUUCAAUAUUUAUUAAUGCUCAAGACAAUUAAAAAAACGUAAAUAAUAAAGCAAGAAUUUUUAUUGUAAA